AUGAUUAAUUUAUUAUUAUCGAAUAAAAUUGAUAUUAUGAUAAGCAUUUGUUUAGUUAUCAUUAGUUUUUAUUUAUUAAAAAAAUUUUUAGCUCGUCAAUUUAUUGACAUAAAGAAAAAUAAUGUAACAAAUAUUAAUCAUGAUAAUGAUGAUGACUAUUUAUUUCAAUUUAAUAUUGAUAAACGUUCAUUAAGACCAUCUUAUGCAAGAUUUAUGCGUCGAAAAUUACAACAAGAAUUAACUAAUGAUUCUUGUUUAUGUGUUAUUUGUUGGAAUGAUAGAAAAAAUAUUGUUUUAUUACCUUGUAGACAUUUAUGUGUAUGUGUUACAUGUAGUAGACAAUUAUGGAAUAAUACUCAAAAACAAACAUGUCCGAUUUGUAGAAAUCAAGUUGAUAAUUUACUUGAAAUAUUCGUUUAA